UUUCAUCACAUAUGGUGUGAAAAUGAGAACGCGUAGAAGUUCAUAGAAUACAACAAGAGCCUUAUAAGGGGUUGGGGAGGUGACUGCGACCGUCCAAAAGCUGACAUAUAGCAGGACAAGGAAGAAGCAAAGCUACAUGUAUAUGAAUAAAAAAUAGAAAUUGAUUAAGAGCCCUAACUGUCUUUGAUGUGCAUCCUUUGAUUCUUUGAUCUAUAUAAGUGCCUUGAGGGUUUGGAGAAAAAGAGAAUCAUAAAGGCUUUUUGUUGACUAACUUUGUGCCAUAACAUAACACCACAUGUAUCUUCCAAGAGAGAGAGAGAGAGAUUCAUCUAAUUAAAGUUGUGCAGGCAAGAAGUAGAGAGCCGCACAAUUUUUUGCUAGCCAAUUUCAAAACGCAAGGUGAUGAUAAAAUCUCUUGAGAUCUUUCUCUCUUCAGCCAGCUAGUCCUGUCAGCUCUUUAUCAUCUCUCUCCAACCAUCUUUGUGUGACUUUGAUCAGAAAAAGAAAAACAGAUUUUGGUUAUAGAUCAUCAGAAACCUGUAGAGAAGAUUUGUUUUUGUAGGGUGAAAUAUGGCUGCUCCUUUGACUGCUUGGCCUUGGGAGUUCUUAGGCUCCUACAAGUAUCUGCUGUUUGGACCUCUGAUUGGAAAAGCCUCGUACUCAAUAAUUCAUGAGGAUCCCCUCAAGGUCCUCAUGAACAGCUGGUGUCUAAAUAUUCUCAUAAUAUGUGCACUUAGAGGCUUAGUUCAUCAGCUAUGGAGUAGUUACACCAACAUGCUUUUCCUAACAAGAACUCGUCGGAUUCUCCAACAAGGGGUUGAUUUCAAGCAGAUUGACAAGGAAUGGGACUGGGAUAAUUUCAUAAUUCUCCAAGGUCUAAUUGCCUCCACGGCCUGCUAUUUGCUUCCAUUUCUUCAAAACCUUCCAUUGUGGAACACAAUCGGCUUUAUUUCUACACUGGUACUGCACGUGGGAGUUUCAGAGCCUUUAUAUUACUGGAUGCAUAGACGUUUCCAUGGCAACUACUUUUUUGAAAACUACCAUUCACUUCACCAUUCCUCUCCAGUACCGCAGCCCUUUACAGCUGGAAGUGCAACACUUCUGGAGCAUCUGGUUUUAAGUGCAAUUGUUGGAAUUCCAGUUCUUGGUAGCACUCUGAUGGGUUGUGGAUCAAUCUUCGUGAUCUACGGAUAUGUUUUGGUUUUUGAUUUUCUGAGAUGUUUGGGGCAUUCCAAUGUUGAAGUGAUUUCUCAUAAACUGUUUGAGAAAGCUCCCUUUCUCAGAUAUAUUCUCUACACUCCAACAUACCACAGCCUGCACCAUACAGAAAUGGACACCAAUUUCUGCCUUUUUAUGCCUCUCUUUGAUGCAGUGGGGAAGACCCUGAACAGCAAAUCAUGGGGACUACACAAAGAGAUAAGCUUAAAUGCAGGUAAAAAUGGGAGGGCACCGGAUUUCGUUUUCCUCGCACACGUGGUGGAUCUGUCGUCUGCUAUGCACGUGCCGUUUGUUCUCCGAUCAUUCUCAUCACUGCCCUUCACCAUGAGAUUCUUCGUGGUGGGUUUCUGGCCUGGCAGCAUAACAGCCAUGCUAGCAAUGUGGGCAUGGGCUAAAGCUUUUUUAAUUACCUUUUACAACCUCAGAGGCCGCUUGCACCAGACAUGGGCUGUGCCUAGAUAUGGCUUUCAGUACUUUUUACCAUUUGCCCUAGACGGUAUCAAUAAGCAAAUAGAGCAAGCAAUCCUUAGAGCAGACAAGAUGGGAGUCAAGGUCAUCAGCCUUGCUGCAUUAAAUAAGAACGAAGGACUGAAUGGGGGCGGAACACUCUUUGUGAACAAGCAUCCAGACCUUAGAGUUCGAGUUGUCCAUGGGAACACCUUAACUGCAGCUGUUAUUCUCAACGAGAUCCCGAAGGAUGUCGAAGAGGUGUUUCUAAGUGGAGCUACCUCCAAGCUUGGAAGAGCCAUUGCCCUCUACCUUUGCCGUAGGAAAGUUCGAGUCCUUAUGCUGACUCUAUCAACAGAGAGAUUUCAAAAGAUUCAGAAGGAAGCGCCAGCAGAUUGCCAACACUACCUUGUCCAAGUCACAAAGUACCAAGCUGCCCGCAAUUGUAAGGCAUGGAUUGUUGGCAAAUGGAUUACACCAAGAGAGCAACGUUGGGCCCCAAGUGGUGCACAUUUUCAUCAGUUUGUUGUGCCACCCAUCUUGCAUUUCAGAAGAGACUGCACUUAUGGUGAUCUUGCAGCCAUGAGACUACCUGAUGAUGUUCAAGGGCUUGGCUCCUGUGAGUACACCAUGGACAGAGGAGUGGUUCAUGCAUGUCAUGCUGGUGGCGUGGUUCAUCUGCUAGAAGGCUGGACUCACCAUGAAGUUGGGGCUCUUGAUGUCGACAGAAUUGACAUAGUAUGGAAGGCUGCUCUAAAACAUGGUUUAAAGCCAGUUUCAUCAAGCAAAGUUAAUAUCACUGUGUAACAACAUAUCCGAGUGAAUUACGAAAGCUCUUGGCUGUAUGAUAUAUGUACUACUGGUUAUUACUCUUUAUACCUGAAUGAAGCAAAGAGACCCUUCUACUUUUACGUUCUUA